AUGAAUUAGUAUGGAUUGAGUGAAAAAUUAUCAGAGGAACAGAAAAGGAAAUUACAUGAGUUGCAUCUCAUUUAAUAGAGAGAAUUGGGUGAAUUAAUUAGAAGACAUCAGUAGGAAUAAUUGAUGAUAUUUGAGCAAUGGAAAAAGGAAGAACAAGACUCUCACAAUCAAUCCAAAAAUUUUUCUAUUAAAGAUGACAAAAACUCCAUUUUCAACUACAAACCCUAUACUCUCAGCUAAUAUAAACUAUUGAAAUUGUAACCCAUUUUGAGAAAUCCAGGACAAGGACUGGGUCCCACAUUAUCGAUCGAGAAAUGGCAGCAGCAAAAGGAGAAAAUGGAUAGGAUGCUUGAAUUUGCAGAGCAUGUCAAAGCAGAGCAUAGACACUUUAAAUAGAAAAUUUCCAAAAGCUAACCAAAAGAAGUAACUGUUCGAUAAAAAGGCUUAGAAUUUGCAAGGAACAUCUUGAAACCUAUUGAACCUUCUCCUAUGAGAAAAAAAUCAAUAUCAAAAAAUUCAGUCGAGAAUGAUGAAUUAUUAGAAUAUGAACUGAGAAAUCAAUUAUUAAAAGAAUAGAUAGGUAAAAUGAAAUGA